ACAUUUGAAUUCUGCUGGCAUACACGCGUUAGCUUCCCGUUUUACGACACACGUAUCUGCCAAACAAAAUAAUAAUAAAGGAGGGAAAUAUUCAAAUAUAUUAUGGUAUUUGCUAGUUAUCUCCUUAUUUUUCGUUAAAUAUCAUGUAAGAAUGUUUUGUGUAUUGUUUUAUUGAGAAAAUGUGAAUGUUUUGUUUAUAACACCGGACAGGUAGUCAAGUGUCGUUAGAAGUUUAAUCGAAAAGAAAAUUAAAAUGGAUGAGUUGCGGUCGAAACAUAAGUCGCUGCACAAUGCCGCUCACCACAUCGCCUUGGAGUGUAUCAAUCCUCAGUCGCACUCGCCGUACCAUGUGCACCCGUACCCGAGCCCCGUGCGGCUGCAGCACGCCUUCCAGAGCCAGAAUAGCCCCAAGAUGUUCCACCCUAAAGGGCUCAAGCCUCAUAUCGACGGGCGCGCGUACAGCACGCCAAACGACAGCCCGAUUCUUGGGCGCGCCCUCUGCCUCACGCCCCGCGGCAGCCCCCUACCGGGCCGAGUCUCGCAUCUCAGCGACAAGUUUCAAGACUCGCUCACUCUGGCCUCGGACACGGACGCUCUCGUCGCCAAGAUCAGCGCCAUGUUCCCUACUGUCAGCGAGACGCAUAUCAAGAUACUGCUGAAGAAAUACUACAAUCGCGAAGCCGUCGUAAUAAGCGCUCUCCAAGUCGAGAAGCAUCCCAUAACGACCCCGGGACCUCUCACCAUGUCCCCCAUGGCGGCUCGCAUGCAAAAGGGGGCUAUGGGGGUCUAUUCGGCCCUACAACUCGCCAAGGGAGUGUCAGGCUCCAUACACUCUGCUCAUUUUACCCCGCUGUCUGGGACACCUCAAGGGUCUCCGAGCCUGCUGCGGCCAGCGUCCGGAGCCUCCAGCCACUACGGCGCCCGAUCAACCAGCAGUCAACCCACGCGGCACCAAUCACCGAAGAUGAAGCUUAAAUACCUGAAGAGCGUAUUCCCGAAGGCGGAAGAGACGCUGAUUCUGGACGUGCUCGCGAACAAGGACAACAACGUGCAGAAGGCUAGCGAGGAGCUGCUCACCAUGGGGUUCACUAAGAAGGAGAUUGUCAAGAAAAAAGAAGAAACGCCCCAGCCCGUAAAAAAAGUUGUCACCACCGUGAAAACAGCAGAGGAGAAAAACGAAUUAAAGAAGAAACUACAAAAGAAAUACAGCUCUGUGGCCGAGCGCGUCAUCUCCAUAGCGCUCGACAGCGUGGAUUACAACGAGGAGCGCGCCGAGCAGAUACUGGCCGCUAUCAAAACGGAGCCAACCACGCCGAAACGGUCACGGACACCUGAGGUCAAACCUCCCGGGAGACCCUAAGCGGUCGGUCUAUACAUUGAGUUAUGUUUCAGGCCGAUCUUGAAGACGAGCGUCGCCGAGACCAAAUAUAAGUCGCAGUACACGGUGGCGGGCGCCGGGCCCAACCCGGUGCUCCGCCGUGGCCCGAAGGACAGUCUUUUACUUGAGGACUACAUGGCCUGGAAGGGCCCUAACCCCGACCUCCGCAAGGGGUCCUGCGUGCGGCCCUUGGGCCCCGAGCCCCGCGAGAGGGGCUUCUCGUUAGCGCGGGGCCCCGCCGAGCUCGCCAAUGGCCCCGCCGGACUAAACAAGGGCUCCAUAUAUCAGAAGAUGAACAAGAAGACCGCAAAAAUGUGA